CGUCUUCCCCGCUGGCCGAGGGGCGCGUGGGGGCGCCGCCGCGUCCCAGGAGACAGAGGUCCGAACGCCCGCGCGUUCUGAAUCCACGGUCUCGGGCUGAGGCCGCAGGCUGUGGUGCAGAGAGCCGAAGGGCCUGCCCACCGCCAGAGGGGGCUGAAGGGCCUGUGGAAGCCUGCACGGCAGGACGGCCCGCGCACGCGGUCUGUUUCGGAGCCGGCGACUCGCGAAUCUGGGACCGGGUACUCCCUGCUUUUCUAGGGACUCUGUUACUUGAUGACCACAAUGAAAAAUAGGAGCCAAGAUGAUAUGGUAACUGGCACACUCCCCAAGCUCAAGAGCUCCAAAGAAUGGUUGGAACCACAGUCGCUUUCUUUUAUGGAGGCUUUAGCUAAAGAAGAUACUGAUGCAGCUGUUCAAUCAAUUUUAUAUAGAGAAAAUUAUAUAAUGAAGGAACUAGAUAAGUAUUUACAUCAUCAUGACUUCUUAAACACAAGAAGAAAAGAGAUGUUGUAUAAAAAGUGGGUUGAACGUGUGGCAGAUCCUCUCCAGAAGAAAAUUAUAGAAAAAGUUCAUUCACAUAAGAACAUUAAAAAGAGGAGACAUCAAGAAUUAGACAAUUUUUUGAAACAUUCAAAUAAGAAGGGAAAUGCAUUUAUAGAGCAUUAUGAUCCAAAAGAAUACGAUCCUUUUUAUAUGAGCAAAGAGGACCCCAAUUUUCUGAAGGUUAUCAUGCCACCGUUUCGUGACCCCUUGAAAAAAGCCCAAUAUGACCAGGAUGAUGAAAAAAGAACCCUUCUGCAGUGUGAGACUGGCAAAAUCUAUACAAUGAAAGAAUUUAAAGAGAUCGAGAAGGCCCAGUUGCAUUCCAGAUUCCCGAGUAUUUCUAAUUCAAGGCAAAGUAUGACUCCAAAUGGAUGGCUUAAAGUGCCCAUGAGUUAUAUAGAAAGUGAAUUUUGUAAAAGGAGCAGGUUGAAAGUGAAGAUGAAUUUUAAUGCUAGUAGUUUUGAUUUGAGUCCAUUGAAAAGGGUGCCUAAUUUUCUGGAAUACCGGGAGGAAGAAAUGAUGGUCAUUUACAAAAACAAUGGGCUCUUCUGUCCAGACAAUGACGCUCCAUGUCUCCAGGAGAGAAAGAACCCAAGUUCCAAAGGGAUCACCUCUGAAGGUCACCAUUCUGUAUCCCUGUGCCAGGAGGUAGAAAGGGAUGAGAGCUAACCAGGACGCGGUGAGAGCUGGCAAGGUCGGGCUCAGGUUGUGACACAGGGCAGCACUGGCUGACAUCCAAAGCCGCGCGCCCCCGACUCCGUACCGCAGAGGUGGGGCAAA